CAAGCCUAAAAAGAGACCAAGGACUUGUCCCACAGCUCCCUUUGGCAGCUUGAGAAAGGGAGAAUCGGGGGCUUUGGGGUGGAGGGGAAGGGAGUAGAGGGGGCUGCCGCUGUCGGGAUGAUGCGGGAGAAGAAGAAAAUGUCACUAAAAGUGGAGCAGAGGCAGCGCUGCCCCCGGAGCCGAGGGGUCGUGUGAUGAGGACGGAGAUGUUAGGGUACGGGGUGGUGAGGAUGGGGUGUGACAGACAAGCGUGUUUGGAGAUGGGUGUGGGGCCGCGGCAGGCAGCCGGCGGGACCCGCGGGACUAACGCUCGGGACCGCUCGGCGCCGUCUCCUGCCCAUCCCCAUGGCUCCGGGCGCCCCGCAGCCCUCAGCGGCCGGCUCCGCUGGAUAUCCGUCCUGGUCGCCACGGACCCGUGGAAACCGCCGGCGACGGCCGAACACCCAGCGGAGGAGGGCGGCGGGCCGCUCCUCGCCGCGCAACACUGCGCCCGCCGACCCCUCCAGCACCGGCGCCGCAGACUCGUCGUGUAUCCCCGCCGGCUGUUCCCCCGAGCCCUCCUCAGUGCGCCGCUACACUCGAUUUCGUUUUGCGGAUCGCUCGGGCUCGUCAUCUUGUGUGAGUCUCCGGAGUCACAUCAGACCUUCUUCCUAAAGAUCUGGGAAGUGAAUGGUCUGUUGAACAAACUGCCUGGACACCUUCGUGGAGAAACAGGAUACUUAGCACUAACUCCUCCAUACUGCCUCAUUCCAGACAUGGCCAGAAAAGCAUGGCAAGAAAAAGCAGCGGCCAGGACGCUCCUAAGGGUUGUAGUCCAGCAAAGUGGUGACUGGCAAAUCUUUUAUCCCUCCAGGCUGGAUCCGGUUCCCACCCUGCAGCGAUUCAAGGAAGAGCGGGAGAGGAACUACCUGGACACAGUAUCCCUCGUGUGACCAGGAAUGUGCGAUAAAUCUACCAUGCAAAACUGUCCUUUUCAUCUCAGGCAGUGGGUGCAACUGAGGACCCCGCGGCAGCACGGAGCAAAACUUCGAGGCGGGGGCGAGUGCCUGCAGCUGACUCUGUGCUGCUGCCCGCUCACCCCUGCGCUGCCACCCGAUCACCCCUGCACUGCUGCCCGCUCACCCCUGCACUGCUGCCUGCUCACCUCUGCACUGCUGCCCACUCAGCUCUGGUCCUGCUGCCCGCUCAUCCCUGUGCUGCAGCCCGCUCACCUCUGCACGGCUGCCCAAUCACCCCUGCACUGCUGCCCACUCAGCUCUGGUCCUGCUGCCCGCUCAUCCCUGUGCUGCAGCCCGCUCACCUCUGCACGGCUGCCCGCUCACCUCUGCACGGCUGCCCGCUCACCCCUGCGCUGCAGCCCGCUCACCUCUGCACUGCUGCCCACUCAGCUCUGGUCCUGCUGCCCUCUAACCUCUGCGCUGCUGCACAGCGCAGAGUCCCUGCAACCGACAACUGAUUCUCGUGAUGGUGUGAACAACAGUCUUAGCAUUUCUUCUUGCUUAGGCCUGUGGAAGGGAAACAAAGCUUUGCAUACAGUCCCACAACAACCCAAGCUACUCAGUUAAAUAGUACAGACUCAGGAGUUGCCAGUGAGCUGUAAGACAAAUCAUGGGAGGGCGUUUUGUAGGAGCAAUGGUAAAAAAUUGAGAGAUUUUGUGUCUGUGGCCCACUCCCACUGAAGUUGUGGCAGACAAUGGGACAGUAGGGUCAGGGUGAUGUGUGUUGGGCAGGACUGAGAUCCAGGGACUUAGGCAUAAAAAGAUGCAGCCCAAACUAAAUGUUCUUUCAGCACGACUGGAUGCUUUUGUUGUAGGUGUUUUGUAUUGGACACACAGAAAUGGGAAGGGCAUGAUGUGCAUUCGAUGUACGUUGGAGAAGGAGGUACCAUACAAUACAGUGACUAACAUAUUAAAGACGAUCUGACCACCACUGCUGCUGCCCAGUGUCAGGGUAGAAAGAGCACCCAGGGGAGACACUGCUUAGAGGUUUCACUGUCACUCAGGCUCUGUUUAUGCACCAGAGAGAGACAAAGCUGCAGUGGGAAGGGAAGAGGUCUGGUAGCAAAGAGUGACAAAAUUAUGUUAACUGGAAGACUGCAAGUGGUGUGGGGAAGCUCUCAGGAAUGGAGGGAAAGAGAUUUCCGAAAGACGAGCUGUCAGAAAGGAACAACUUUCUUUUGAUGUAAUGUUUUGUGUGCAUUGGGCAUUGUUAUGCAAAUAUCAGCUAAAACAAAUACAGAAGUAAGGAUGGGGUGAUUGUUUUACCAUGUAAAUGCAUUUAGAUGUAAGCCAAUGGACCUGUUGCAAUUUACAUCAGCAAAGGACUGGAAGAGAUUUUUCUAGGGCUCUGAGAUCUGCCCUCAUGUUAUGCCAAGCUUGUGUGCCUUAGUCCUUGGGAGCAUCUGCUCCUCCUGCUCUACUCACUAAAAGCCAUCAAUGCUUUUAAAAACCUCGUAAUGAGCUUUGGACUUACUGUGAAAGCUGCCUCCGUGGUAUACCACAAGAAGAGACAGUGGGAUGUCAUAGAUGUUGUCAGUCUGACCAAAGAUUUUUCUUUCUGUGGUGUUGUUUAUCAUCUCUUUGGGUAGGAGGCUACAAAAACAAUACACAAUAAAUCACUUUUUUAAAAAUUUGCAAAAUGUAUGUUCUUUGGGGUUGGAACAGGAACAGAAAGAGUAUCCAGUGGUUUUCAAAUGCUUCAACACUUUAAGAACUAAUUGCCUCAAAUUAAUUGCCACCUCUGGAAACACUUAUCUGACCAUGUAGAGACUGUAGGCUACUAAGCAGAGAUGUUCCUGGUUGCCUCUUAGCCAGAAGCCUGAACUCGAGUAUCCUGCAGGACACCCAGCAGCUGAGAGCCUGUAGUGCCAGAAGGCAGCACGAUGUCUCCACAGCAGCAAUUGUAUCAGAUAACAACUGUAUCAAUAUAAAUAGUAAUACAAAAGCAAACUUUUUUUAGUGAUUAGCACAGCUAAAAUCUUCAGCCAUAUCCUUUUUAUAGACAGCCUACGUGUUAACUGCAUUCAGAAAGCUUAGACAUAAUUUAAACAUUAUUCAGAGCCAGACUGACAGCCUCUUUAGUCAAAAGACUCUUUAAGAAUAAUUUCUUAAAAAUGAAAUGUCUUUAACUGCAUUUCUGUCAGCUAUGAUAUGUGAUUUAGGAUGAACUUAGCAGCCUUAUUAGCUCAGAGUUCAAAUGCAGAUCCUUAGACAGCUGUCCCUUUAAUUCAAGAAGCUUGGUGCAGGCAUGUUAACUUUACCUCUAAAUAAUUGUAACUUUCAAGAACAGACUCAAAAUCAAUCCAAGUCAAGAAACCUGGAAAGAAAAUAGAAAGUUGUACAGGGCAUAUAAUAAAAUGAGAAAGCUGAGAUGGAUGUGUAAUCUUAAACUAUUCUUACUUUCUAAAACACCAGGCUGAAUUUCUUUAAAUGUGAAUUGUUUUCCCUUCCUCAAAGAUGGCUUUAAUACCAACCAAGUUUGAAGUUUCUAAUGACAUUUAUUUCUGAGCUUUGUAUGUAUGUAUGAGAAUUUUACUUUGGAUAGUUGGAGACUGUGAUCUUUUUCAAGCUUUCAUAAUGUUUAACAUGAUGGAAUCAGUUUUCAAAACAAAGAAAUGCGAAAGCAUUGAAAAAUCGCCAGAAAAAGAAUGGGCACUUCCAUUCCAUAAGGAAUUUGUUUGGAAAAACUUAUAGAGAGUUAUUGGAAUUAGAAUCUCGGUUUAUUUUCAGUUUGCUGGAAGGGAAAGUUAUAUUCUACAAGACAAUUAACCAUUGGC